CUUUACAUUUGAGGUGAGACCCAACUUACCUGUGUUUGAGAUGAACGGAGCAUAGUUCAAGAAAACCAAGAAGAUGACAAACAUCUUCAUCUUUUUCCCAAUCACAUGAAGUCGUCCAAAACCCUGAAACGGAUUGAAUUCCUGCUGAGAAACGUCGAUCGAUCGAUUGUCCGUCCGUCCGUCCUUUGACUCCGUUCCUCAAGACUGUCAAGAUAGCUCCUCCCCUCCUUCCAUCUCAUCACGUCGCGUUCACUGCUGAUCGGAAACUUCAGAUCCUUCUUGCUUUGUGGUUGGGCCUCGUUUUCUUGCCCCGAUUUUGACAAAUUCUCUGUGAAAGGAGCUGGACUCGACAGUCAUCGUCGUCGCGAGGACUUUGUUCGAACCGCUUUCUUUUAAUUUUGUUUGCACUAGUCGACUUUUUCCUGACUUUCGUUUCGUUUUCUUUCACGUCGUGUCUGGCCGGGGCCCCGUUGUCUUCCGACAGAUACUUAAAAUUCCAACUUUUGGCUGUGUCCAAAACGCAGCGAACUAACUCCAUGGAAACGCCUGCAAGCUAGCGACGUUUGUCUUCAUUUGUUUCGUUCGUUCGGCGUGAGUGACGUCCGCCCGCCCGUGGACUUUUCUUUUUACUUCUCGUUUCUCGGCAGAAAUGAUUCGAACUCCCGAUGCGCGAACGAGGGACAAUCAGACCAAGAGGAUCCGGGAGAACAUUAGCAAUGUUAAAAAACACUUUGGCGAGCUGUGCGCCAUGUUCGCCGCGUACGGCCGCAAGACCGCCAAGCUGCGCGACGAGGCCGACGCGCUGGUGCGAGAGAUCGCCGACUACGCCGACACCGAGACGCCGGGGCUCAAGAAAAGCGUGAAGUGUUACGCCGAACACCUGGCCAAGAUUCAGGACUACCGGCAAGCCCAGGUGGAGCGACUGGAAGCCAAAGUCAUCGAGCCGCUCAAAGGCUACGGCGCGCUGGUGCGGCGGAAACGGGAGGACGUGAAGGUGGCCUGCGGCGCCAGGAAGCACGAGUCCAGAAAGAUGGAGCAGCUGGAACGAACUCGACAGCGAAACCCGGGCGACCGGCAAGUCAUCUCCCAGGCCGAGAGCGAGUUGCAGCGAGCCACCGUAGACGCCGCGCGCACCACGCGCCAGCUGGAGGAGACCAUCGACGACUUUGAGAAGCAAAAGAUUCAAGACAUCAAGAGGAUCCUGUGCGAUUUUGCGUGCGUGGAGAUGACCUUCCACGCCAAAGCCUUGGAGCUCUACACGCUGGCCUACCAGAGCAUGGACGGCGUGGACGAGGAGGACGACCUGGAGGUGUUCAGGAGCUCGCUGCGUCCGCCCGACUACCCGCCGCGCGCCAACUCUCGCGCGUCUUUGGACGGGACCGCCUCCUCCUUCCUGACCUCGACGGUGGCGCUCCAGAGGGCCUUGGGCCGGCCGGCCGGAGAAGAGGGAGAAUCGGAAGAAGAGGAAGAAGAAGAAGAGGACGAGGAGGAGGAGGAGGAAGAAGAAGAGUCUGAGGAGGAAACUCGAUGACAUGGUUUUUACCCUAAUAAACUCCACGUGUGCUGCUCUGGCAUUACACCAAUGUUGACGGACACUGAGGAAUUCACGUAGCAAUCUUUCUUUUGUCUUUGUUAUACUUGACGCUAACGGAUGUCCAAUCUACAUGGACUAACCCUCCCGGUCCAAACAGAUCGCCGCCGCCGAAAGAGGAGCGUUUGCGGUUGAAAUGAAGCCGACGCGCGUCGGUGUCAACGGCAGGCGACGAGAUAAUAAAAAGAAAUCAA